AAGAAACAUGUGAGGUAUGACUCUUCUUCCACACCUUCAAAAAAGACCAAAGUUGAUAUUUUUUUUUUCUCUUAUAAACAACUGGAUGGAUUGGUGAUCUCUUCUCCACCAUACAAACACUAAUAUUCCCCAUCCUGAUGUGUAUAUCUACAAUGCAUGGUAAAAGGGAAAUGAAGGUUGAGGAGAGAGAAUCCAAAUCAACCAUGCAUGGAAGUUUCUGCAACUCAAUUCAAUGAUUAACUAGCUUACCUUCCCCAGGUAUAUAUAUAUUUUCACCAUCUUGCAUUUUGUUUACAUUGUUUGGUGAGGUUUCUUCUUCUACUGUCAUAGCAAUUGAUUUGAGGAUUAUUAGGAGGACCCUUUUGCAUCUCAAAACAGAACUCCAUAUCCAACCUAACAAAAUAGAGCCAUUAAAGCUAGGGAAAAUAUCAAAGAAGAGAAGAUGUUGCUAAGGAGCUCUUCAACACCAGUUCUUGGAUCCCUCCUCUCUUCCUUCUCAGAAAGUCCCAGCCACCACAACUCUGAACCACCACCCCACACCACCACCAUCAAACACCCACCAACCACAAUUCACCAAAACCACAAGAAGCUCUCAUUUCACCACCAAGCUGGGCCCCUAAACCACUACACAUUUUCAUGCAACUCGUCUCCCAUCUCUCCCGCAAUCGCUGAAUCCUCUGUUGGUAGCCGACGCUCUGAGAAUGGCUUUCAAAGGGCUCAGUCUGAAGGAAACCUGGAAGGAUUAGACAAUCCCUCGUGCAACCCCGAUGAAUUCUCUAUUUCAAACCUACCCAAGAAGUUUCCGCAUAAAACGCAUAGCUCUAUGUUGGAAACAAUCCCAUCUUUCUCGUUUCACCAUGAAAGAAAUUGGUAUGAAGAAGACAGUGAUGAGGAAGAUGAUGACAAAGAAGAAGAAGAGAGAGAACAAUCGGAGGAAUACGAUGGGUUUUUUGAGAACUCCAUAGCCGCGAGAGGCAGUGGAUUGAAUUUUGAGAAGCAGAACAUGGGUUUGAAUAAUGAAAUGAGAUUUUUGAAUGCAAAUGGGGCGUUAGGCUUGGAAACGAAAACAGAGCAUAAUUCUGGGAUGUAUCUUACAAGAGGGAUUGGAGUUGACAGUGCUAAUAUUGGUUUUGGUGGUGGAGGUGACUAUAAUGGAGGUGGAGGUGGAGGUGGUGGAGAUUUUAUACCUGUAGCCUUUGGGAGGGAUGAUGGCGAUGGCAAUGGCCCCGGUGUAGAACAGCAUUACAAGAAGCUGGUGGAGGAUAAUCCCGGCAACCCUCUGUUCUUGAGGAAUUAUGCUCAGUUUCUAUAUGAAUCGAAAGGAGACUUACCAAGGGCAGAGGAAUACUACUCUAGAGCUAUCCUAUCAGAUUCUAAAGAUGGUGAAGUACUAUCACAAUAUGCUAAAUUGGUAUGGGAGCUCCAUCAUGACCACGGCAGAGCUUUAAGCUACUUUGAAAGAGCAGUUCAAGCUGCCCCUGAGGAUAGCCACGUUCAAGCAGCAUAUGCUAAUUUCCUCUGGGAAACGGAGGAAGACAAGGAUGAAGAUGAUGCACCGAAUGAUCUUAGUGCUCUGCCCUCGCAUUUCUAUAACAGAACCGUGGCUUCUACAACUGCUUAGAUACCUCAAGCCUAGCAAAGCAGGGAUUGUGAUUGUAUGACAAAUUCUUGAAUUGUCGAUGACACAGCAUAAGUUGAUUAUUUCUAUGUUCUUGUAUUUUUUUAGAAACAGGCAAAAAAAAUAGUACUUGGUUUAAUUCAUGAAGGGUGCCAUCUGUACUACAAGAGCUCUCCUUAUAAUAAAUGAAUAUUUUCACUGGA